GCGCCGCGCGGGCCGGGAAGCGACGCGAGGCGCGAUGUCGGUGCCGCUGCUCAAGAUCGGGGUCGUGCUGAGCACCAUGGCCAUGAUCACCAACUGGAUGUCCCAGACGCUGCCCUCGCUGGUGGGCCUCAACACCACCAAGCUCUCUGCGGCCAGCGGCGGGACGCUGGACCGCAGCACCGGCGUGCUGCCCACAAACCCUGAGGAGAGCUGGCAGGUGUACAGCUCUGCCCAGGACAGCGAGGGCAGGUGUAUCUGCACAGUGGUCGCCCCCCAGCAGACCAUGUGUUCCAGAGAUGCCCGCACAAAACAGCUGAGGCAACUGCUGGAGAAGGUGCAAAACAUGUCUCAGUCCAUAGAGGUACUGGACAGGCGGACCCAGAGGGACUUACAGUAUGUGGAGAAGAUGGAGAACCAGAUGAAAGGCUUGGAGUCCAAGUUCAAGCAGGUGGAGGAGAGCCACAAGCAACAUCUGGCCAGGCAGUUCAAGGCGAUAAAAGCGAAAAUGGAUGAACUUAGGCCUUUGAUCCCUGUGUUGGAAGAGUACAAGGCCGAUGCCAAAUUGGUAUUGCAGUUUAAAGAGGAGGUCCAGAAUCUGACGUCAUUGCUAAACGAGCUGCAAGAGGAAAUUGGCGCCUAUGACUACGAUGAGCUGCAGAGCAGAGUGUCCAAUCUUGAAGAGAGGCUCCGUGCAUGCAUGCAAAAACUAGCCUGCGGCAAGCUGACAGGCAUCAGUGACCCCGUGACCAUCAAGACGUCUGGCUCGAGGUUCGGGUCCUGGAUGACAGACCCUCUGGCCCCCGAAGGCGACAAUAGGGUUUGGUACAUGGAUGGUUACCACAACAACCGCUUUGUCCGCGAGUACCGGUCCAUGAGUGACUUCAUGAACACGGACAACUUCACCUCACACCGCCUGCCCCACCCCUGGUCCGGCACCGGGCAGGUGGUCUACAACGGCUCCAUCUACUUCAACAAGUUCCAAAGCCACAUCAUCAUCCGCUUCGACUUGAAGACGGAGAGCAUCCUCAAGUCGCGGAGCCUGGACUACGCCGGCUACAACAACAUGUACCACUACGCAUGGGGUGGCCACUCGGACAUCGACCUCAUGGUGGACGAGAACGGGCUGUGGGCCGUGUACGCCACCAACCAGAACGCCGGCAACAUCGUCCUCAGCAAGCUGGACCCCGUGUCCCUGCAGACCCUGCACACCUGGAACACCAGCUACCCCAAGCGCAGUGCGGGCGAGGCCUUCAUCAUCUGCGGGACGCUCUACGUCACCAACGGCUACUCAGGGGGCACCAAGGUCCACUACGCCUACCAGACCAACGCCUCCACCUACGAAUACAUAGACAUCCCCUUCCAGAACAAGUACUCGCACAUCUCCAUGUUGGACUACAACCCCAAGGACCGCGCGCUCUACGCGUGGAACAACGGCCACCAGAUCCUCUACAACGUCACCCUCUUCCACGUCAUCCGGUCUGACGAGUUGUAGUCCCUCCGCCCGGAGACCAAGGGCCAGGCCUCCCCCACGACGAGGCUCCCCGUGACACAGCUGCCAACCUCCUACUCCCAACCUAAUCGUGCGAGUCAUCAGCCGGUCCCGGCCUUCCCUCCGCGUCCCUCCACUUCAGCCGGCAGCCGACUUGGGAA